GCGCUUUAACACCCUGUCCUCAUAGCCGGCGAACUGAAACCUACACAGUGCUAAAGCGAAAACUGUACACUGCGAAGUGCAUAGUACAAAGUUCUAAGUCCAUAAUUCAAAGUUCAUAGUUCAAAUACUACAUCGUGUAAAGAAGCAAAGAUGCAUCUUUCUGUGUUUGUUACUGUCUUGCUUGCACUCUACCUGGUGAAUGCCGAUGGGACAGCCGACUCUAGCAGCGACUCUGGUGACGUCACACGAUCUGGCAACGAUGAGACCGAUGGAUACUAUUCAAGGUAUUCCGGCGGCUACCCAUCCUCAAACUACCGAUACAACAGCAGAUACUCUAGACUAGGGUCUGGCGGCUAUAGAAGCCGCUACACUGGAAGCCGCUACACUGGAAGCCGCUACACUGGAAGACGCUAUGGUGCCGGCUACAGAAGCCGCUACACUGGAGGCCGUUAUACCGGAAGCACUGGUCGCUACACCGGAAGCCGGUACACCGGGAGCCGCUACACCGGAAGUAGAUAUAACAGAUACAGACCACGUGUUCCUGUGGGUGGGUACAGAAGUAGGUACAGCAGCUCAUAUCGCCAGAGAUACGGAAGCAAAACUGGAAAGUAGUCGGAUCUGGAAGUUGAACUUUGUAGACGUUUCCAGUCGAAAUUUAUAGACAUGUCUUGUAUUGCGUUUCAUAAGAUAUUUGCUAUGAAAGAUGUUUUGUAAA